GCAUGAGGCAAUGUUGUGGUGUUUCUGAAGUUUUCAUCAUUCUCAUUAUAAAAUCGUCAUUCUCCUAUCGCCACCAUAAUCAUUACCUCUUUUCUUCCCCAUAUAUAAUAAUCUAGGCCUGUUUUCAUUGUCCCCAUUUGGGCGAAAUCCACACAAACUAAUUAUAUGGCGACGCAUAGAGACGUUGAGAGAGGGGAUAAAAAAGGGCUUGAAAAAUUGGCGGAGCCUUUUAUAGACGAUAGUUCAAAAGGCGUCCAUCGUUCUAAACAAACCGAUCAAAAUGCUGCAGGCUCAAUCGCGAUGGUUCUUCUAAGCACGGCUGUUGCGGUGUGUGGCUCUCUCGAAUUCGGAACGUGUGUGGGAUACACUGCUCCUACUCAAGCCGCUCUCAGCAUUGAUUUAAAUUUAUCGGUUGCUCAGUAUGCCCUUUUCGGGUCGAUAGUAACCAUCAGUGCAAUGAUUGGAGCAGUCACCAGCGGUAGAAUUGCAGACACAAUUGGUCGAAAAGGGGCAAUGGCAUUGUCCUCCGUGUUUUGCGUAGCAGGAUGGCUUGCAAUCUAUUUUGCCAUGGGAGCUAUUUCGCUUGAUACAGGAAGGUUCUUCACUGGAUAUGGAAUAGGAAUUUUCUCUUAUGUGGUCCCAAUAUAUAUCGCUGAGAUAUCGCCAAAAGAGCUUCGUGGAGGGCUAACAACCAUCAAUCAGCUCAUGAUUGUAACUGGUUCAUCAAUAUCGUUUUUGGUGGGAACAGUUGUUACAUGGAGAUCUUUAGCUUUAAUCGGAAUCGUUCCCCCUGUUCUUCUGGUGAUUGGCCUAAUGUUUAUCCCAGAAUCCCCAAGAUGGCUCGCUAAAGUCGGACGUGAAGUAGAAUUUCAAUCUUCUUUACGCCAACUCCGUGGUGCAAAAGCAAACAUUUCUGCUGAAGCGGAAGAGAUACAUGAAACUAUAAUUAAUCUUCAAAAACUUCCUCAAGCUGGAGUACUGGAUUUGUUUGAUGCCAGAUACAUAAAACCGGUUAUUAUUGGUGUUGGAUUAAUGGUAUGCCAACAAUGGUGUGGAAUAAAUGGAAUCGGAUUCUAUGCAAGUGAAAUCUUUAAAACUGCUGGAUUUGCCUCAGGGAAAUCUGGAACCAUUGCUUAUGCCUUGAUUCAGAUUCCUAUCACAAUUGUUGGCAUGAUCUUGCUGGACAUAUCAGGAAGAAGGAUUCUCCUUCUGGUUUCUUCAUGCGGGACAUGUCUAGGCGUUUUUCUUACGGGAACUGCAUUUUACUUCAUGGGCCAAGCCAUGUUCGAUGGAUGGGCUCCCCUUCUGGCUGCCUCUGGUGUUCUGGUAUUCAUAGCAUCCUUUUCAAUAGGAAUGGGAGCAGUACCUUGGCUGAUCAUGUCCGAGAUAUUCCCCUUGCACAUAAAAGGCGCAGCAGGGAGUCUUGUUGUGCUAGUGAAUUGGUUGGGUGCGUGGGUGGUUUCUUACAGUUUCAACUUCCUCAUCAACUGGAGUCCUGAGGGUACCUUUUGGUUGUUUUCGGGAUUUGGUAUUAUUACCAUUGUGUUUGUAGUGAAAAUGGUGCCAGAAACCAAAGGAAAAAGCUUGGAAGAAAUUCAAGCAACUAUCAACUCGUAAUUCUUGUUAUUUCCCGUUUAAAAGAAAAGGCAUAAUAGUCGGAGGCCGAUAUUCAAGAAUGUAACAUCUAAUAGACGAAUACGGGCUGC